GGUGAGCUCUUCAGACAUGGCUGCGGGCAAGUAAGUAAGCGGAGUGAAGGGAUCCGAGCAGUGCUUGGAAUUGAGAGUAGGAUCUGGGAUGCAGGGGAUGAAAGGAGAAGAUGAUGACAGUAGAAGGAGGGAGAGAGAGAGGAAGAGAACGAGGAAGAGGAGAGAAGGAAGAGGAGGAGGAAGAAGAAGAAGAAGAAAUAGAAGACGGGAGACGGAAAGAGCAGAGACAGAAAAUAGAGGGAAAGGAAAGGGCAGGUGACUUGGGAUGGGCCAACCCAGAACUGCGAACCUCCCCCUCGAGAAGGAAGGAGCGGUACACUACUGAAGUGGGAGGGUUACCUGACGUACAAUACCCCCGGUCUGCCCUUCCUUACUUCAUACAGUAAGGAAUUGAGAAAGUAGCUCUCUCCAUACAAGCUAUACGGGGAUACUUCAAG